ACCACAUGACGAGUGUGGAGCGCAUGCUCGCAUACACACGGCUGGAAUCCGAACCGCCGCGGGUGGAGGACGGCGCUCCGGAACCUCCCCCCGGAUGGCCGCGCUCUGGGGAACUGCGCUACGAGCACGUCACUGCGGUUUACCGGCCAGGUCUGGCGCCCGUACUCUCCGACAUCAGCUUCACCGUGCCGCCAGGCAGCAGCUGUGGCCUGGUGGGCCGCACAGGCUCCGGCAAGAGCAGCCUGGUGCUCACGCUCUUUCGUCUGAUCCCAGUGACCCAUGGGACGAUCUUCCUAGACGGAGUGAACACGGCUACCAUCGGGCUUGACGCGCUCCGCCGGCAGCUGUCCGUCAUCCCGCAGGACCCGGUGCUGUUCAGCGGCACAUUGCGGCGCAACCUGGACCCAUGGGGCACCCACACGGACGAGCAGCUGUGGCGGGCGCUGGAGACGGUGCAACUGAAGACCCACGUGGCCUCCGCGCCGGGCGGUCUGGAUGCGCGCCUUGCGGAGUGCGGUGACAACCUGAGUGCGGGUCAGCGGCAGCUGUUCUGCCUGGCUCGCGCACUGCUGGCGGACGCUCGCGUGCUGGCGCUGGACGAGGCCACCGCCAACGUGGACCGAGCCACGGAC